CUCUCUUCGAUUCCUUUGGCUCUCUCCUCUCCUCUCUCCUCUUCUCUCGUCACCCCACAGAAUCCAAGAAAGAGAAGAAACAUCGUCUUUACUCUCCGCACGAGUCCCCAUGACCGGCGAGGCGCAAGACCUAGCUCCGCCCGGCGGCGGCGUUAGCCUGGAGGGCCGGGCGGAGGUCGACACCUCGUCACCCUUCAAGUCCGUGCGCGAGGCCGUCGACCGCUUCGGCGGCAGCGCCGCCUGGUGUUCCCACCUUACCAAGCGCAUGUUCGCGCCCCCAGAGAAACAUGAGGGUGUUGGAGAAUUGACCAAUCUAGAGGAGCAGACCUCGCAGCUAGAGAAGGAGCUAAGCAUCAAAGAAAGGGAGACGCUUGAUAUGCUGAAAGAAUUGGAGUCCACCAAGAAGGUCAUUGCAGAUUUAAGGCUGAAGAUUCAGAACGAAGGAGCUGGCACAUUUUUCCUCAGUGAGGAGACGGGCCAAGCCAAAGGGCCCAUUGCACAACCUGAAGAAAAGCAGCCUGAAAAUGCUGAAACUGAUGUGGAUAUGGGUAGCCUGGAUGAACAGCUGCUGCAGCGGACUCCUGGUUCUUCAGUGCUAAAGGAGCUUGAGCAGGCAAAAGCUAACUUAAACAGGACCACGAGCGAUCUUGCUGCUAUAAGAGCCUCCGUCGAGUCGCUGAGGAAUGACAUAGAAAAAGAGAAGGUCUUGGUGGAGAGAAGCCGAGAGAAGGUGUGCUCCAAUACCGCACAGAUUUCUUCAUUGGAGGAUGAGCUGGACCGGACUACACAGAAGCUGCAGACACUGAGGGACCUGCAGAGAAGGUGUGAAGAUCCCUCGGACAUUUUCAUCGAGAUCAAGAAGAUGGCAUCUGAGCUAGAGCAGCUCAGGAACGCGUCCAAUGCGUCGAAAUCGGAAGCUAUUUUGUUGGCUGCUGAAAUUGAGCAGAUAAAAGCUAGCAUCGGCACAGCUGAGGUGAGGUGUCUUGCAGCCAAGAAGAUGGAAGAGGCAGCGAGAGCAGCAGAAGCUCUUGCACUCACUGAAAUCAAGGUCCUACUAAGCAAUGAAGCCUCAGCUGAAGAUCUCCAGCGCAGAGAUGGUGUGAGCCUCUCAGUAGAAGAGUAUUUGGAGCUUGCUGCGAAAGCUCAAGAGGCUGAUGAAAGCUCGAGGAAGAAAGUUGAAGCUGCAACGUUCCAGGUGGAUGAAGCCACCCAGUCAGAGUCUGACUCGCUUAGAAAGCUGGAGGAAGCUAAAUUACAAGUUCAGGAAUGUAAGAUGGCACUGCAGGAGGCCCUGAAAAGGGUGGGUGCUGCCAACCAGGGGAAGCUCGCAGUAGAAGCGGCUCUUCAUAGAUGUCGAUCUGCGACUGGGCACAAGAGGCGUUCAUUCCAUGACCCUCCCAAGUUCAAAAAUGCAGCACACCAUUACAAAGAUUCUCUUAAUAUGGACAUCGUUGACAUUUCAAAGGCUUCCUUGAAGCCAACAUUAUCCAUCGGGCAGAUAUUGAGUAUGAAGCUAAUGGGACCAGAUGGGUAUGACAAAAGUGUUCGGGACGAUACAAGUGAAACUUCUAAUGUCUCACUUGGCCAGAUUCUGAACAGAAGGCGUGCAGUUGUGUAUAGUAGUGAUGCAACUGCUCACAAGAAAUUAUCUGGAAAGAGGAAGAAAUUUGCCUUUACAGGACUCUCAGUUUUCUUGGCAAAACAAGCCAAGAGCAAGAAGAAAAAAAGAUCAUAUUAGAACCGAAGUCAACUUGGGCGGGAAAGAUUCUUGUAAUCUAGUAGUAAUGAAUAGCAGCAGCUAGUACGUUGUUAACUUGACCCUAGUCCAUGUUCUUGUAAUCUAGUAUUGUUUCUAGUCUCUGUUUGUGGAUGCCUAGAUCAUUGAUCACUCAGUGGCUCCAUGUAAUCCGUAGCAGGCUAGCUGCUGAUAACUGAUAUUGCUGAUUAGGGGUUGCUAAAUGCCCAAGUUAUAUCAUGUACUGUGUGAACAUGAAAUGUAUCAUAUGGUUAGUAGUUCAUAUCAUGUA